AUGCCACGAAGACCGCAAAACUACGACGAUUACGGCACGGCCGUCCAGCAGAUUAUCCUCUCGACCUCUGAUGCCGACUUCCUCGACCAGCUCAUCCCCGUCCUCAAGGAUGCUGGCGCGACGAGCCGGACUUCGUACCUGACGCAGUCGCUCACACAAUAUGCCGAAGAUAGGGAGGGCGACAUUGAAAGAAUAGGCUUGACCAAGCACGAAGAGUUCCUGGCCUCGGUCAAUCAGCUCCAGAACGUGCGCGAGGGAACCGUUGCCCUGACAGCCGAGAUUCUCAAGCUCAACCAGUCGAUACAAUCUAGCACCGAGAAGCUAGCCGAACAGAAGCAGGCGCUGGUCAACACGCGGGCGGUGCGCGAAAAUAUCAGCGAUGCCUCCGAUGCGCUCAAGGAGUCUCUCAAAAUUCUACAUGCCAUUAACCACGCUCUGGAUCUUAUACGGAAGAAGCAGUACUACGGUGCUUUGAAGAGCUUGGAGGACACGCAGAACGAGUUCUUGAUCCCCAUUCUGCAGAAUAAAUAUGCAAAUCAGCAUAAAUUGGCCGACAUUAUCCAAAAGAGCAUACCCGCCAGCCAGAAGAGCAUCUCCGAGGCGGUCAUGACGGAUCUCAACACCUGGCUGUUCAGAAUCCGAGAGACCUCGCAAUUCCUGGGAGAGGUGGCCUUUUGGCAUACUGAGAUGAGAAGGACAAAGCAGCGGGAGCGUGUAGAGAGAGACGAGUUCCUGGGCCACUUCAAGCUGAACUCGGCCAUCGAGCUGGUCUUUGACGAAAGCGAAGAAUUCGAUGUUCUAGACAAUGAAGAACUACAGGUUGACUUUACACCCCUUUUCGAGGCUCUGCACAUCCAUAAUGCGCUGGGUCAAAACGAACGGUUCCGCAGCGACUACGCCGCGACGAGAAGGAGGCAAAAGGAACUCCUGAUUCCGAGUUCUGUGAGUUUGACAAGUGACGACGAGUCGUCGCUCAGCAGUUUACUGGAAGGCAUGGCUGGAUUUGCAAUCAUUGAAAAGGCUACCAUGACGAGGGUACCGCAGCUUCGCUCCACCAUUGAUGUUGAGGAGUUGUGGGAUUCCAUGUGCUCAUCCGCCAUUACCUUGACCGCUAAGGCCCUCAGUGAAGUCAACAAUGCCGAAACCCUCCUUAAGAUCAAGGGAAUGUUUGCGCUUUUCAUACAGACCAUGGAAACAUGGGGAUAUUCAGUAUCCAGGUUGGACGAGUUCCUGGUCAAUUUGUUCGACAAGUAUGCCGAAUUGCUCAAACGCAGAUUUAGUGAAGAUUUCCAGGAGAUUGUAUCGACCGACGAUUACAUGCCAAUGGCCAUCAAUUCCUUGGAGGAGUACGAGAAGGUCAUUAACGUCAGCUGGUUCUCUCCCGAAAAGGAAAUUAGCGAGUUGACAUUCCCAUGUGUACUGCCAUUCUCGCAAAUGUAUCCGCUUUGCUGUAUCGACAUCAGGAACUUCCUUAAUCAAUUCUACUUCUUUUCCGACGACCACUUUCAACAUCCUACAAAAAUCGAUGAGACAUUACGAAAGUCUCUUGACGCACUACUGACCGAAAAGGUCUGCCAGUCCCUAGUUGAGCGACUGAGCUCACAGUAUCUGGGCCAGAUAGUACAGAUCUUGAUCAACCUGGAGCAUUUCGAAACGGCAUGCACAGAGCUCGAACAACUUCUCAUUCGUGCUCGGUCCACUUCGUCAGCUGGCGGGCCCCUGAAGCUGAAAGCCACAGAACAAUUCCGCGAGAAUAAGAAGACAGCCGAGAAACGUAUUUUCGAGCUAGUCAACUCAAAGAUUGACGAUCUCGUCGAGACGGCUGAAUAUGAGUGGAUGACUUCAGCCACGCCCGAGGAGCCCAGCAAUUACAUGCAAACACUGACACGAUAUCUCUCCAACAUUAUGAACUCGACCUUGCUCGGCCUCCCGCGCGAAAUCAAGGAGCUCAUCUACUUUGACGCACUAUCCCACGCAGCCAACAAGAUUCUGGCGUUGCCUCUCAGUCCUGACGUCAAGAAGAUCAACCACAAUGGUGUGGCUGCCCUGGCCCUGGAUGUAAAGCAUCUCACAGACUUUGUCGACGGCUUGGAGAACGGCUUCAUGUUGAGGAGUAAUCUUGACGAGCUCGAACAAACUAUUCUGCUGUUGCAGAGUGAUAACACGGAUGAGUUCUUCGAUGUUUCUACAAGGAACAAAAAGUAUGGUCGUGUGGAUGCCAUGAACGGUCCAAUCCUCCUGGAAAAGUAUGUUGUGUAA